UACACACAAAGUUCACAACAUCGCAGUAUUUUACCAAAUGAACAGUUGCCGGUUUACAAAAAUAGACAAUCUUUGUUAUAUUUAAAAGUCGCAUAACGAUUAUUUAUCUCAAAGUCAGCCAAUCGUAAAAUCAUGGCGCUCUGUUAUACGAGACUGCUGUGCAGGCGUAGCCUGGAUCUCCGUAAUUUUCGCUGUUUAUACACGUCCAGUCCUGUCAGUGUCAGCGUGAACAGCCCUGCCCUUCGUGCAGCCCCAGUAUGCGAGUCACACGAUGAGAAGAACAUGCGACUGAAGCGACCGUUGUCUCCUCACCUGACGAUCUACCAGGUCCAGCUGACGUCUAUGCUGUCUGUAUCACAUCGUGCAACUGGCAUAAUACUGAGCUCAUACUCCAUUAUUCUUGCCUUUGGAACGUUGUUCUACCCUGGAGGGAUUCCAUGCCUUAUUGAUGCUAUUGCUGCAUGGGGCUUGCCAUCCGCGUUGCUUGUUACCGGCAAAACAUUACUUGCCUAUCCAUUGACUUACCAUUACUUCAAUGGUAUCAGACACUUGGCUUGGGAUUUGGGCAAGUUUUUGACAAUCAAAGACGUCUACACUACUGGCUACACCGUUAUUGGCAUUUCUACCAUAGCAGCUCUUGCUCUGGCUCUAAUGUAAAUUUGACUUUGAAUUGUGCUCAAGAAGUUAUUUUAUCAAAAAAAAAGCAUCGAGGUGACGUAAAAGACCGUUUAAAGUUUUAUAAUAUACUUUAAAAAAAUAGUGUGAACCGUUUCAUUAAAUUUAUUGUAUAUUAGUGUCAUUUAAUAUAUGUGUGACGAGCAGUUCAGAGAGUUAGUGUCAAUAAUAACCAUAUAUUUAAGUCUUGAUCUUUAUUCUGUAAUAAUGUGUAAAUUAGGUUAAAUAGUGUCAAGCUGAUGUUUAAUUUACCAA